AUGCCUCCAAAAGCCCAAGAAGCAGAUGACAAGCGCCAAGCCGCGCGCGAAGUCAUCGAUAUCCUCCAGGAGAUCUCCGAUCUACUCAACACUCAUCUCGACCGAACAGAGCUGUCGCUUUGCGUCUCUCUUAUUGAAAAUGGAGUUAAUCCUGAUGCCUUGGCGACUGUUAUCAAGGAUCUUCGAAAGGAGACUGGUUCUUCCAGGCGCGUGACCAAUGCUCCUGCAGUGGAAUGA